CUCAUGUGUUAAAUGAUUGCAACUUAAAAUUCAAAGCACUUAAGGCAUACGAGACUUAUUCACAUAUUUAAAUAGUGCUUAUUCUCCCAAUUUAGACACUAUUUGAAAUGAAUUUUGUACAAUCCUGCUUUCUUGGACCCAAAACAAAACAUUGUCAACAAACAAAUGUGUAUUUCUAUGUUUUAUGUGAUUCUUUCGUCUAUAUAUAUGAGCCUCAAUUCCUACGUUUGUUUAAUCCCCAAGUUCAAUUUUUCAUGUAUAUUCUUACAAACUCAAACCCUAUUUAUGGAGGCACAGUUUGAUGAUGAUACUUUCUAUGCUGAGAUUAGGAGGCAGAUUCUGCAAUUGACAUCAGAAGAUGAAGAUUUAUCAGCUGAAAAACAACCUUUCAAUGAAGCUUGUGUUGGUGGUUCAACAAGGCCACCACCACUUGCAAAAUACUCUUGUUCAUGGGAAGCACAAAGUUCGAGUUCAUCUCCUUUGCCUGUGAAUUUUUGGAAGAGUGGAAGAGGUACUGGGGUGUUCAUUCCCCGAGUUGUGACUGGUAAAAAAUAUCAGAGACCAGGAACAAUGAAUGGCAGAAAGCGAAUAUAUAAACCAGUGGCAAAUAAGUAUUGAAGAAACUACUAUUCUUUCUAAGUUUGUGUCUAGUGAAAGUAGAAGAUUCUACCUUGUUCAUCAUAACUCAGCCCAUUUGAAUAAUCUGGAGUAUCAUCAAUCACAAGUACAGAGGGGAAGCAGGUGCAGAAUAUUUAUUUUACAUCACAAAUCUGAGACAGCUAUGUAAAUAAUUUAUCACAAACCAUCUAGGAUAUACAUACAUGUGUGAAGUUGUUUUUUCAUAUUUGUAUUAGUCAAUAAUGUGUGUAAAUUAUUAGAUUUGACUAAUCUUGUUUAGAAAUGAUUUUGGGUAUGUAAAUACAUAAUAAUAUAGCAUAUAGAUUCGUGUUCAUGUAUUUUACAUUUUGAAAA